AUGAGUGACCCAUCGAUUCAAACUGAAAAUAUGUCAUCAACAAUCAUCGAUGAUCAUACGAGUGUUAUGGGACAUGAUUUAUCGGAUACAACAGUCACUACUCGAACAAGUGCUUCGUGGCAUUCUGUCGUGUCUGAUACACAUUUAAAUAUUAAUUUAUUCGUUCGUUCAUAUUCAAUAAAUACUUGGCUAAAAAAUUGUUUCAUCGAACCAGAUAUUCGAUUAACGACAGCACAGGAAUGGAAAUUACGUACUUGUGUAAGACGUUUACUUUCAUUAAGUGAUAUUCCUCUUAAAAUUUCUUGUAUAAAAAAAAAUGAAUUACUUACGAUGUCGAAAGAAAAUGUAUCAAUACCAUUUAUGGAUCAGGCGCAGCAAUCGUUGUCUAUCACCGACGCUUCGUCACAAAUAUUGAUCAUUCAACCGUGCGAUGAGCAACGACAGCGGAUAAAUGAUCAAUUACAUCAAUUAGGAUUAUACUUUCAUAUUUUAUCAACAUCAGACGUAAAUAAUAGAUUAUUAGACGUUCAAUUAUUUGAAUUUUACUCGAAAGGAUUAAAAAAUAAAACAAUUAUUCCUAUUCUACUUAUUAAACCACCAAAAUUUGUAUUUCAUAUUCCAUCAAAUACAUUUAAAAUAAGCUUACGCAGUUGCAAUUCAUUACUUGAACUACAAUUAUCAACAAGAGAAAAUGAACCAAUCCGAGGAUAUUAUUAUAGAUGGAAUGAAACCAAUAGUAAUGAGCAGAUGAAAUUUCAAAUUACUCUUGAGAUUGAUCAUAGUCUAAUGAAUCAAUUUAAUAUUAUAUAA